AUGGUGGAAAAUACCGCACUUAAACAAAGAAAUCUUGAUUUCCAGAAAGAACUUCGAUGGGGUUCAUUCUAUGGAGCAGAUAUUCCACUGGGAUUGUUCACUCGACACAUUGAAUACGGUGUUCGUUUUUAUAUAUUAAAUCCAAGCGGUUUUCAGAAAAAUCAACGCCCUAUAUGGGAAGAUACCAGUACGAAUCAAUCAAUAUGGCACGUUAGCGAUAGUGAUCACUUCGAGUUUGCCGAUAUUACAGGAACUGGUGUCCUAAAUAUUAUUCGUCGCAAUGAUGAAGGACUUUCAAUUUAUGGUUUUAAAAUGAUCAAUGAAGUCUUUACUCUCGAACAAUUGAUCAACACUAAUCUAUGUAACAAAGAUUCAGGAUGGCGACCAACACUAGACAAAUUAUGGUUUGUCCGUUUGGCAAAAAGUCGUAUUUUUAAUUUGAUAUUAUUACAAUCGGAUGUCUUGAGAGUUUAUGAAUAUAACGAAAAAGAAAAAUGCUUUGCUUGUCUGCACCAUGAUACAUCUAUGGCAGAACGAUUUGGAUGGAGGAAAGAACAUUCAGAUUCUUUGCUAUUUGGUGAUAUCAAUGAAAAUGGCCGUAUGCAAAUGAUCUAUACAGGACCUCGAGGAUUGACAAUAUGUUCUUUUAAUGUUGAAGCUCGUAAAUGGGAAAUUAAUUUAAAUGCUGAUGAAUUAAACAUCGAAAGCAGUGUUGAAUCGAACCAACAACUGUUACAACAAAGACUUAUUCCACCACCUGGUGAAUCUACAAUUCCAUCAAAGAUUGUUGCAUUUUGA